UCGAUGUCUGUCUAGGGAAGAGUAGUCGUCAGCGAAUCCUUGUGGCAGUUGUGUCUUUACUUUGAAAAUACCAGUAUAAUUCAAGACGGUGUGAUUCGAAGCAUAAGAAAAGGUGUGAAAGUGAUUGAAAUGUAAACAAUGUGAGCUUAGAACGGAAUGUACUUCGUAACUGAUUCGCGUAAUUGUUGAAACCAAAUUUGUUAAGUGGAUUUUUGUUUAUAUGGUGGGUGCUGGUAAAUAUAGAUUUACAUAUAUUGUUGGGUGAUGUCUUUUGAAAUUGCCGGUAAACCUUCUGUAUGAUGUGAUAAUGCUUUUUAAUGAACGUCUUUCGAAUGUUGAUGAAUGGCUUAGUGAACAGUAAUUCUGAUAUAAGAGAGAUGUUAUAUAACGCUUUAUGGAGUUUUCACCGUCUGUCAAAUGAACCCUAUGAUAUGCACGGUUUUACGGAGUCCCCAUGCACGUAUUAAUUCGAGUGCUAUCAACAACAGGCAAUUUGGAGUAAUUGCUUAUGCCAGCGACACUGCCCCCUUUUCGCGGACCACGAUUCACCCCCACAUUGCGACAUUCACACAGUAUUUCCGAAGAAGUGGACGACAGGGCUAGAAUCAGGACUCGAGGCUGUUCGCUAAAGUGGACUGUAGCAAAGCAUAAUAUGAUGAUGUCGACAAAACUAAUACUGGCGUGGUCGUGAAGAAUUUAAAUGAGGGAACAAAUCCAUUUUAAAAUAAGAUGUCGGACGUUGAACAAGUGGCACAGGAGGAAAUCGACAUCGACGGUGCGAAUAAAGUAAAGAGUUCAACGUCACCAUCAGAAUUGGCGUCGACGGCUGGACGUCCCCGUCGCUGUCUAAAACUACUUGCGAGAAUUGCAUUUUCCACCCCUGGACUCGUUGUUCUUGUUGUUUCCUAUUCAGUUCUGGGCGCUCUUAUUUUUCCGUUACUUGAAGCUCCACGCGAAUUACGGAAUAACGCCAUGAUUGCAAAAAGCCGUGAAGACUGCUUGAGGGAGUUAUGGACAAUCACGGAAAAACUGAAUGUACUUUACGAAAGGAACUGGACCAUGUUGGUCCACGAGCAGCUGCGUCGUUUCGAAGGAUCUAUAGUCUCGGCAACGCGGAGUGGACUGAGCGGCUUGGGCGGUGAUACCACAAUUCGGUGGUCAUUUAGUGAAUCCUUACUUUAUUCAAUAACAGUAAUAACAACAAUAGGUCACGGAAAUCUAACACCAAAAACCUCUAGCGGUAAAGUUGUGACAAUUGUUUAUGCCUUAAUUGGAGUUCCUCUUAUGCUGAUGUGCUUAUCGAGUUUGGGUGGUCUUCUGGCGGAAGCUCUUCAGUGUACAUAUACAAAGAUAAAAUGCUGUACAAAUAAGGAACAUUGCGAUAUUGCUGGACAGAUGGAAUGUUCAGAGAAAAAUCAUGAGGUGGACUGCACCGUCUGCAAAUAUGACGCUGUGAAUAGUGAGACGAAGCUGCACGGCUACGAAUUCACGACUGUGACUGACCGGGAAGAUUCGUGUCAGCUAAUUCGAAAUUCACCGACGAAAAUUAAUAACAUGUCGUCGACGUGUUUACAAAUCAAAACAAAUCCUGUAAUCCAGCAGCAACACCAACAACAGCACUACAUAGUGGCAUCAUCGGAAGGAUCAUCGCCGCUGAAGCAUCAUCUGAACCAGUCAACCUCACCGAAGCAUUACCAAUUGAUUCCCCACCCCAACUACCGGGCGAUUUUGAAUUGUCGCGGAGCUACCACAGAAAGUGGUCACGAGUUGACAACAAACGCAACCACAUAUUUUCCCAUAACGUUGCCUGCAAACCAUUUCGCCUGUAAUCCUGCUAACAAUUACAAUCAAUCGCCCACCAUAAAAUACCACGGAAUGCAAUUACAGACGCCAUUAUCACACGUUAAAGGAUUUAAUCCGCAGGAUCCGCAUUUGCACACUGCCACCGUUCACGGAAUCAGACGCGGCAAAUUCCUUCCGAAGCCAAUGCCCCAGGAGAUUAAUAUGCUCCUAGCCGAAAGCGAUCUCUCGUAUCGUUCCGACGCCAUGUCGAAUUCCAGCGAGCCAUGUACAAGUCCCAAUAACACAACGGCUAGUGUGGAUUUAAUGGAGGACGAGGAGGAGAACGAACAGAACAGGAGCGGGUGCCCGCAUGGAACACCAUCUCGAAUACCUUUAUUGUCUUCAUCCGGAAAAAUCAAUGGAAUGGAAAUGGAAAAUCAGGAGAUUAUGUGUGACGGUGAAGGUGAAAACAACAAGGAAGCAGCGCUAGAACCGUGCAACUCUCCUCCACAAGUGCCAAUCACUAUUGUACUUUUUAUCUUGGUUAGUUACAUUAGUAUCGGUACCGUUGUAUUCUCCCUAUGGGAAAACUGGAGCAUUAUCGAUGGAGCCUAUUUCUGUUUCGUCACAUUAUCGACAAUUGGCUAUGGAGACUUUUUGCCCCUGAAAACAUUUCAUGGUCCCGACAUACAACUGUUUGCAUGUUGUGCGUAUUUGCUGUUGGGACUGGUGCUCGUGGCGAUGUCUUUCAGUAUUCUGGAAACGCAACUGAUGUGGAAGUGCAAAAGGAUUGCUGUUCGAUUAAAAUUAACCAAGGAUUGAUGAUGGUCAUUAUUCGUAAACGAAAUGUUUGUGUAUAAUUUCAGUAGAUGUUAUUGUCGGAAGCGGCGAAAUCCAGCAAAUGGACCUGAGUCCUUUAAGUUGAAAUUAAUCGCGAAAGUCUUUAUGCUUUAGAAUAAAACUAAAUUGUACAUAAAAGCAACUAAAAAGUGUCAUUUUGUAAAGGAUGUAAAAACUCGCUAGAUAUUAGGAGUGAAAAACGUAGAGCAUGUUUUUGUAUUUCACAUGCCACAUAACGUUUAUAAAUAACAUAUGAUAAGUAACAUAUCUUCUAAAGAUUUU